UUAUAUUUCCAGCGUGACAUCGUGAUUCUUAAACCAGUUAGAGACAGGUUUAUAAUAGCACUUUGUUUUAAGCGCUAAGAAUACACAUCAGAGCAUGUCCUUGAAGAGCUUCCCGAAACAGAAGUGAACGCCGAUCUAGUUAAGAGUAUGCUGCGGUAGCAUUCGUAUUAUAAGAGCUAUCACGGUUACGGAUUUUAGCCGCUGGCGAAAACAAAAAGGCUUUCGGUGAUCGUACCAUUACCUCAAGAAAACUCGCUGCCCAUUUCCCCGGAAGCAUUCAAUGCUACCAUGAACCGGGGAAAUAUAUUGCGCAUGAGGUCCUCCGCAGUCUCGACCUGUUUAUAGCUCGAUCCAGGAUUAUUUCAAUAGCAGCACCCCGACAAGAAAAAAGUAUUUUAAACUAAAGAAGUGCCACAGUCAGAUUUGAAUGAUUAUCACGACCAAUACCCCGUCGGACGCAAACGUUGCAUAAGCCAAUAGCGAUGCUAUUCCACGUCUUGUUAAGAGCUCUGCUAUUCGAGCUUUUUUUCCAGCAUGCUUCCGCUGCUUCUAAUGCGAGCGCAUCAAGUAGCAUAAGAGCUAUAUACUUAUUCAAAGACGUGCUCAAGUCAAACACGACAUCUUUAAAGACCUCGGGCUUCAACUCGGUCAUCAUCUUCGGCGUCGGAAUCCUCGAAAAUGGCGACAUCAUGUACUACUCGAACACUCCAGGAAGCAAUGACACACUAAUCGCAUCUGACGGUGGAUAUGUAGGGGGUACAGCGCUUUCCGACAAGGUCCGCUCGUUUAAGACAGGCGACACGGGCAUUAACCGGAUCGAGAUCUCGAUGAACUCUCAGCACGUCCGCGAACUGACGAGCAGCCCGGGAACCGGUGCCGAGACGAGGCUCUACCGCAACUUCAAGGCGUUAAAGACAGCAUGGAGUCUCGACGCCGUCAACAACGACGACGAGUCUCUAUACGAUGUCACCAGUACUGUCGCCUUUGCGAAAAUGCUCGGCACGAUAGGAUAUAAAUACACGGGCGCUCCGUAUACAAACUCAGACUUCUGGAAAAACGUCACGACGCAGAGUAAUAACGGUCUCCACGAACCGAACUUGCUGUUGGAUAGGAUGUAUCUGCAAUGCUACGACGGAGGUUCAGGCAACGACCCGGGCAGCUGGCAAACCGCUCUAGGCAUGAAGGUGGUACCGCUGGUAUGGGUUACAAACGACUCUAAGCCGUCGCAGGGGACGACGGCUACACAAGCACGGUCUAAGUUCACAAGUUGGAAUUCAAAAAGCGCGGUGGCUGGGGGAGGGUAUUGGAACGACUACGACAUUGAAAAAAUGGGGUUAUCGUACACAGAAUACGGAGAGGUUCUUACAAGUAUUUUCCCGUAAAUGACCAGGUUGGCUGUACGUAUAAGUAGGGGCUGUAUAAGGAGGAAGGAUACGACUGACCGGCUAUAAGAAGAAGCAAAGACUAAGAAGAAGAAGAAGAAGAAGAAGAAAAGACAAAGAAAAAGAAAAGACAAAAAAAAAAGGAAAUGUAUAGUUAGGUGAUAUUGUAUUGGAGAAGAUGCAAUAGUCCGGAAUUACGUUACAGAUGACGUAACUAUUAACAAAACAUACAUGAUGCAGACCGAGCCGAGAGGCGUCAAGCAAGGUAACAAGGUCUA